CCUGGGCUGGAUCAAGUUCCCCGGCCGCCUGUGUGAGUGUUGGCUGCUGAGCGGCGGCUGCACGGGCUUCGGGACACCGGCAAGAUGAUGAAGUUUCGCUUUCGGCGGCAGGGCAACGACCCUCAGAGAGAGAAGAUAAAGCAGGACCUGUUUGCCUUUAAUAAGACCGUGGAACAUGGAUUCCCCAACCAGCCCAGCUCCCUCGCCUUCGACCCACUCCUCAAAAUCAUGGCCAUCGGAGCGAAAUCAGGAGCGGUUAAAAUAUACGGCACCCCAGGAGUGGAGUUCACGGGUCUGCACAAAGACAUGGCCACCGUCACCCAAAUGCACUUUCUGCCGGGACAGGGCCGGCUCAUUACCCUCUUGGAUGAUAACACGCUGCACCUGUGGGAGCUUCAGCAGAAGGACGGCUGCACUCACCUGGAGGAGACUCUGAGCUUCACGCUGCCCGGCCGGCCAGGGUUCGACUGCGCUAACUCGCCCCCCAGUAUCUCUCGAGUGACCGUGAUCCUGGUGAACGCCGCGUGCGACGUGGCCUGCCUCGGGACGGAAGGCGGCGGGGUUUACUUCCUCCAAAUCCCGAGUCUGAAGUUACUGGAGGAGCGGACGCUGCUUCCCGAUGAGGUCUUACAGAGUAUUCCGGAAGAGCACCGCUGCGGAAAGGCUUUGGGCCCCGUGGAGUCUCUGCAGGAACACCCGGAGCGCCGCGGCCAGAUCCUGAUCGGUUACAGCCGGGGACUCGUGGUUUGGUGGGAGUGCGAGACCCGCAAAGUCUUGCAUCUCUUCCUGGGCAAUCAGCAAAUGGAAAGUAUUUAUUGGGAACGCGGAGGGAAAUCCUUCAUCAGCUCUCACAGCGACGGCGGAUACAUGGUGUGGGAAGCGAGCGUUAGCUCCUCGGUCACAACGCAGGCGAGCACCUCGACAAUCCCCUACGGUCCGUUUCCGUGCAAAGCCAUCAAUAAAAUUCAGUGGAAAUCCAGCAGUUCCGGGAAUCACUUCAUUAUAUUUAGCGGCGGGAUGCCGCGGGCCAGCUAUGGCGACAGACACUGCGUCACCGUCAUGCAGGGGAAGAACUUGGUCACCUUCGACUUCACGUCUCGCGUCAUCGACUUCUUCACAGUAUGUCCGGUCAAGACUGAAGACGGCCAGGACGAUCCCUCCGCUCUGGUGGUCUUGGUGGAGGAAGAGUUGGUAGUCAUUGACUUGCUGACUCCUGGCUGGCCCACCAUCCCCGCCCCGUACCUGGCUCCUCUCCACUCCUCGGCCAUCACCUGCUCCUAUCACAUCUCCAACGUGACGCUGAAGCUGUGGGAAAGAAUAAUCAGCGCCGGCGAGCAGCAGAACCCCCGGCUGUCGUCUGCGAGGUGGCCGAUAGAUGGUGGGAGAAGCCUUGCGGAGGAGCCGUCGCAGAGAGGGCUGCUUCUCACCGGCCAUGAAGACGGCACCGUGCGGUUCUGGGACGCCUCCGGCGUUGCGCUGAAGCCUUUGUACCGAGUGCCGACGGCAGGAAUUUUUCAGACGGACUGCGACCACAACGAGAGUUUAAAUCAGAGCAACGAUGAGGACUGGCCUCCUUUCCGAAAGGUGGGAUGCUUCGAUCCGUACAGCGAUGACCCGCGUCUGGGGAUACAGAAAAUCGCGCUCUGCAAGUACAGCGGGAAGAUGGUGGUGGCGGGUACCGCCGGACAGGUUCUCGUGAUGGAUCUGAGUGACGAGAAAUCGGAGCACGUGAUUAGCGUGGCAGCCCUGGACCUCUUGCAGGACCGGGAAGGCUUCACGUGGAAAGGCCACGACAAGCUGACUCCGCGGAACGGCUCCCUCUUCUUCCCACCUGGCUUCCAGACCACCCUUCUGGUGCAGUGCGUGCCGCCGGCCGCGGUCACCGCCGUGUCCUUGCACUCGGAGUGGAGUCUCGUGGCUUUCGGGACCAGCCACGGCUUCGGCCUCUUCGAUUAUCACAGACGGAGUCCCGUGCUCGCAAGGUGCACGCUGCAUCCAAAUGAUUCUCUGGCUAUGGAAGGUCCCUUGUCCCGGGUCAAGUCUCUGAAGAAGUCUCUCAGACAGUCAUUCCGCAGAAUAAGGAAAAGCAGGGUGUCCGGCAAGAAGAGACCGCAAACUGCCAGCCCGGCUAGCAAGUUGCAGGAAGCCAACGCUCACCUUGCCGAGCAGCCCGGACCCCACGAUCUUGAAGUGACUCCUGUCCAGCGGAGGAUUGAGGCGCGAUCUGCCGACGACUCUUUGUCCGGUGUUGUGCGCUGCUUGUAUUUUGCCGACACGUUCCUCCGGGACGCCAUCCACCACGGUCCCACUCUGUGGGCUGGCACCAACUCCGGCUCUGUGUUCGCGUAUGCCCUGGAGGUGCCGUCCAGGGAGAAGUUUUCUGAGCGCUGCGCGGAGGCUGUCCUGGGGAAGGAGAUCCAGCUCAUGCACAGGGCGCCAGUCGUGUCCAUAGGCGUGCUGGACGGGCGAGGGAACCCCCUCCCGGAGCCUUACGAGGUGUCCCGAGACCUGGCGAAAGCCCCUGACAUGCAGGGCACGCACUCCGUGCUGAUCGCCUCAGAGGAGCAGUUUAAGGUGUUCACGUUGCCCAAAAUCAGCGCCAAAACCAAGUUCAAGCUGACGGCACACGAGGGCUGCCGAGUACGGAAAGUGGCCCUCGCUAAUUUCCCCAGCUGCGCGUCCGACGAUUACUCCGAGAACUGCCUGGCGUGUCUCACCAACCUGGGCGACAUCCACGUCUUCAGCAUCCCGGGGCUCCGGCCGCAGGUCCGCUACGACUGCGUCCGCAAGGAGGACAUCAGCGGCAUCGCGUCGUGCGUCUUCACGAAAUACGGUCAAGGGUUUUACCUGAUCUCGCCCUCUGAGUUCGAACGAUUCUCACUCAGUGCGAAGAACAUCACCGAGCCGGUCUGCCUGGUGGAAUUUGAAAGGCCGCACGACCCAGUUCCUCUUGGCACUAAAGGCGCCGGGUCACCCAAAACCAACCAGGCCAAUGGGACGCACAUAACAAGGGAGCCGGAUGGGACCCAGCUCGCUCCAGAUGGGUACGCGAGUGAACGCAUGGCGCUGUCGCCUUCCCCUCUCGACUCUCCCUUGAACAGUACGGAUACGACCCUGGACACCACGGGAGACAUCACCGUGGAGGACGUGAGGGACAUUCUGGGAGUAACUGAAGAAUGUGAGAAGAACAUUAAGAAUUCCGCAGAAGAGCCGCGGUCCCCGGACAUUCUCAUUAAAUGA